GAGAUCCCGAUUUACGAUAGGAGAAUGACCCCCAGAUGAUCCGCCCUCCUUUAAAUCAAGUUACGUUGGACUUUCGCUGUCUCUGCUUGUUCUUUGCCUUUCUGCCCAAUCCAUCGAUUCGGAACAAUUUGAGAAGCGAAUUCGGACCUCUAUCGUUCACAGUCCCAGACUGUCGCUCGUCCCGACCGUGUUUGAUCCGUCGCUCCCCAAUCAAAUAUCCACUUAAAAAAAAAAAAACUAUGGAAAAGGAAGACUGUAUCCAUAAGGCCAAACUGGCAGAACAGGCCGAGCGUUACGACGACAUGGCCGAGUGUAUGAAAGCGGUGACUGAGAAGGGCGAAGACCUGACGAACGAGGAGCGGAACCUGCUGUCCGUCGCCUACAAGAACGUGGUGGGGGCCCGACGGUCCUCAUGGAGGGUGCUCUCUAGCAUCGAAGCCAAGUCUGACACAAAUGAGAAAAAGCUCCUGCUGGUUAAGGAAUAUCGGGAGAAAGUGGAGAAUGAGCUGCAGGAAAUCUGCAGGAAGGUUUUGGAGUUGCUGGAUAAACAUUUAAUUGAGAAGUCCAAACAAGAGAGCAAGGUGUUCUACCUAAAGAUGAAGGGGGAUUACUAUAGAUACCUCGCUGAGGUUGCCUCCGGAGAUGAUAAAUUGAAGAUCAUCGAGAACUCGCAGCAGGCGUACCAAGAAGCGUUUAACAUCAGUAAGACGGACAUGGACCCCACACAUCCCAUCCGCUUGGGUCUAGCUCUUAACUUUUCAGUCUUCUUCUACGAGAUCCUUAACUCCCCAGAAAAAGCUUGUGAACUCGCUAAAAAGGCGUUUGACGAGGCCAUCGCCGAGCUCGACCAACUAAACGAGGAGUCUUAUAAAGACAGCACACUCAUCAUGCAGCUCCUCAGAGACAAUCUGACACUAUGGACAUCGGACACCGCUGGUGAGGAGGGUGAUGCCGGAGAAAGAGGUGACGGCGGUGAAACUGAGAACUAAAAAAAGAAAAAAAAAAAAGUCCUUGUUCUCUCAAACCAACAAAAGGAUUAAAAAAAACAAAAAAAACUUUUUACACAUCCGUCAUUCCCUAUUGCUCCGAUCCUACAUUCUUCCAAUGAAACCCAUUGCUGGGAAAAAAAAUCAUGUAAUCAUGAAAAAAAAAAAUGGGAGUAAAGAAAAAAGAUUAGGAUAACCCGUAAAAGUAAAACCCUCCAUUCCUUUGGUUUGUGUGUGUGUCCUGGCCUUUUCAGUAUGUGCAAUUUCAGAUGUAGAAGAGUAUUGAUAGCUUCACAUCUUACGCUGUUUCCUAAAGUUAGAGGCAGAAAUCCUCCCAAGUCCCCUACAUCGAACAACUGGCAGUUCAACCUCUGAGGAAGAUUUUGUUUCCAGGUUAUCAUCUUAGUUUCCUCUUCCUUCUGUCUUUAAAAAAAUAAAAGACAAAAAAAAAGAGCAAUCAUGUGGUACGGUUACAGCGUCUGAAAUUCCACUUCAGAUAGUUUUCAUGCUGCAGGGAAUGCCAGUGUUCCAUGCAUGCUGGCAGCAAAUCGUAGUCUCCAUUGGAUUCAUCCUCACUUUGAUGCCACUUUCACUGAAGCAUGUCUCUUUGGGGCAAGGGGGGAGGGGGGUUGUGGGGGGGCUUCACUGGCCGACAUGCCAAGACCUUUCAAAUGAGUAAAUGAAGACAAUUCUGUCAUUUGCAUGUCUCUUGAGAUAUUACACUGGAAUGGGAACAAAUGCUGUAACACACAAGUUCAAUUUGUCAAGUUUAAUCUUUUUUUUUUUUCAAUGCAGGUUUGUACACAUUCGAAAAAGAGGGUGGUCUGCUUGUCUGUCCAGUGCUUGUCAUUUAGAGAUUUGGACCACUAUUGUUUUGCUAAUCAUUCAAUUGUAGUCCCCUAAAGCCUUGUGGAACCGUUUGAAUCCCUGUGUAACAGCGAUGUUAACAUGAAUAAAUCAUUUUAUAAACCA